AUGAUAUUUACUGUUCAUGGUAUUAUAAUGAUAUUCUUUAAUAUUAUGCCAGGAUUAUUUGGAGGAUUUGGUAAUUAUUUUUUACCAAUUUUAUGUGGAUCCUCAGAACUAGCUUAUCCUAGAAUUAAUAGUAUAUCUUUAUUAUUACAACCUAUUGCUUUUAUCCUAGUAAUAUUAUCUACAGCUGCAGAAUUUGGAGGUGGAACAGGAUGGACUUUAUAUCCUCCUCUAAGUACAUCUUUAAUGUCAUUAUCACCAGUUGCUGUAGAUGUUAUAGUAAUAGGGCUAUUAGUCUCUGGUAUUGCUAGUAUUAUGUCUUCUUUAAACUUCUUAACCACUGUAAUGCAUUUAAGAGCUAAAGGGUUAACUUUAGGUAUUUUAAGUGUAUCAACAUGGUCAUUAAUAAUUACAUCAGUAAUGUUAUUACUUACUUUACCUGUUUUAACAGGGGGUGUUUUAAUGUUAUUAUCUGAUUUACACUUUAACACAUUAUUCUUUGAUCCUACUUUUGCAGGUGACCCAAUAUUAUAUCAACAUUUAUUCUGGUUUUUUGGACAUCCAGAAGUAUAUAUUUUAAUAUUACCAGCUUUUGGUAUUAUUAGUCAUGUUAUAUCUACAAAUUAUUGUAGAAGUUUAUUUGGUAAUCAAUCUAUGAUUUUAGCUAUGGGAUGUAUAGCUGUAUUAGGUAGUGUUGUAUGGGUACAUCAUAUGUAUACUACUGGUUUAGAAGUUGAUACAAGAGCUUUUUUUACAUCUACAACAAUUCUAAUAUCUAUACCAACAGGUACAAAAGUAUUUAAUUGGUUAUGUACAUAUAUGAGUACUAAUUUUGGUAUUACACAUAGUUCAUCAUUAUUAUCUCUAUUAUUUAUAUGUACAUUUACUUUUGGUGGAACUACUGGAGUUAUUCUAGGUAAUGGAGCAAUAGAUGUUGCAUUACAUGAUACCUAUUACGUUAUUGCUCAUUUCCAUUUUGUUUUAUCUAUUGGUGCAAUUAUAGCAUUAUUUACAAGUGUAAGCUUUUUCCAAGAAUCUUUCUUUGGUAAAACAUUACGUGAAAAUACUAUUAUUGUAUUAUGGUCAAUCUUAUUCUUUGUAGGAGUAGUUCUUACUUUCUUACCAAUGCAUUUUCUUGGAUUUAACGUAAUGCCUAGACGUAUUCCUGAUUAUCCAGACGCUUUAAAUGGGUGGAAUAUGAUAUGUUCAAUUGGAUCAACAAUGACUUUAUUUGGUUUAUUAAUUUUUAAAUAA